AUUUCCGAAAAAAAUCCAAAAUUUUGAUUCGUUUUUCCGAUAUUUUUCGACUUGUUUUCGUCUAAUCCGUCCACAGAUGGCGCCAAAAGAUGGCAAUUGAGAUGACAUUCGGUUUUAAUUCGGUUUUAAUUCGGUUUAACUUUAAUUCAAUGAAAACUCAAUUGAAAUCCAAUUUUUGACGAAAUCUUUGUUUUUUCGCGUUUUUAUUGGUUUUUGUGUUCAAACACGUGAUUAAUGACGUGUAGAGUGACGUCAAAAUGGCUUUUGUUUUGAUUUUUCGGAAAAUCUUUUUUAAGAACUUUUGGCCAAAGCUUUGCCGCCGAAAAUCGGUAGUUAUAUUGUCGACAGUCUUGAUCGGCGCGUUUCUCGUGUUUGGUCUUCAUUUAUCGCUUUCAACUCAAAACAAACCGAAACUCAGACCAAAACUGUUAGACAAUUCCGCCGCCGCCGCCGCUCAACCCGCAGUCGCCGAAUCGCGUCCUCUCGUUCCCGGCCUUCGAGUGGUUCAUUUGGAUUUGAAGGGCGCUCCUCCGCGUGUCUCAUAUUUGGCGCGCUUGUUUCCAUUAAUGGCUUCUUUCGGUGCAAACGCUUUACUUCUCGAAUACGAAGAUAUGUUCCCCUUUUCGGGUCCGUUGUCCGCAAUUCGCGCCGAAAACGCGUUUUCCGUUUCAGACAUUCGAACUGUUUUACGAUUGGCUGAAGAGUCGGGUCUGGAAGUGAUUCCUUUAAUGCAAACUUUCGGUCAUUUGGAAUUCGCGCUAAAACUCAAGCAAUUCUCGGAUCUUCGCGAAGACCCGUCACUUCCGGCCGCUUUGUGUCCGCAAAACAACGAUUCGUGGACUUUUGUUUCGCAAAUCAUCGAUCAAAUGGCGAUUCUUCACCCGAACUCUCGCUUUCUUCACAUCGGAUGCGAUGAAGUCUUUCAAAUCGCUUCUUGUCAAAAAUGUCGUCUCAAAGACAGAGACCAUCUCUUCCUCUCUCACGUGCGUCGCGUCGCUCAUCACGUGGUUGAAAGACAUUCUCGCAUUCCUCUGGUUUGGGACGAUAUGUUGCGUCAGAUGUCUUCGGAAUCGUUGCUCGACUCGGGAUUAUCCCAAUUGGGAGUUGAGCCGGUUGUCUGGUCGUAUGUCAAAGACGUCUAUCGCUUCAUAUCUCCCAAUCAAUGGACGACUUUUGGCUCUGUUUUCCGCCGUUUUUGGGGCGCUUCGGCUUUCAAGGGCGCGUUCGGCGAAACUCUGACCGUUCCCAACGCCAAAUGGCAUCUCGACAACAACGUGGCAUGGCUGCACGUCCUCUCAGACCAAACUCCCGUUUUCUCUCAGAUUCGCGGUCUUGUCUUAACGGGAUGGCAAAGAUACGAUCAUUUGGCGUCUCUUUGCGAACUUCUUCCGGUAAUCCCGUUAAUCCUGUUAAUCCCGUUAAUCCMSUUAAUCCCCUUAAUCCAGGCCGCGAUUCCGUCUUUGGCUCUUUCCUUAAUCACAGUUUCGUUCGGAUAUUUCGAUUCGAAUCAAGUCUUUUCGCGUUUCGAUCGCGUCCUUCACUGUCCGCCAAACGGACGCCCUCUUUCCGACACCGAACUGGACGCCGAUCCCAAUCUGUUCCGUCGCGCGUCGGCAUGCGAUUUCCCGGGAAGUGGAGUUUUCCGUUUGAUGGAAACGCAUUCGCAAACCGUUAAAAGAGUUUCAGAUUUUUUGUUUGACGUCACGAUUCAUAAGGCGUGGCUAACAGAUUACAACAUCAGACACAACAUGACGAAUCCGUGGCGCGUCGAUGAAGGACUUCAAGACUACUCUUCUGUUUAUUAUUCGUUGCAAUCAUUGGUUCGGACAGCGAAAGCCGUUUUACAAGAAGUUUACGACGAAUGGACAGUUGCCGAAUGGAUCGAACAAAACAUUUAUCCAUCGAUUCUUCGAAUGGAAACUCUUAUGAAUGCUUCGAUUGCUCUGAAAAAGGCCACACAUUGGCCACGACGGCCGCUCCCGAUUCCCGAAGAUCUGUUGCGUCGGUUGAAAGACAACUGAAGACAACAGAAGUGAUAGUAUUUUG